AUGCCCGCCCCGCUCUCUGCCGACAGCCUGGAGCAGGAGCCUGGCACCCCGUCGCCCCUGGGCGCCUCCCCCGCCGCUGGCUCCAAGCCGGGCGUCAACUUUGCGCUGUAUGCCCCCAACGCCUCCUCCGUCACCCUCUGCCUGCGCGACUGGGACGACCGACCCGUGAUGGAGGCCUCCCUGCAGCGCACCGGAGACGUGUGGCACGCGUUUGUGGCGGGGCUGCCGCAGUCCAAGGUGCUGUACGGUUACAAGGUGGACGGCCGGGGAGGCUGGGACACGCCCUUCCGCUGGGACAAGAACAAGGCACGCACGCACCCCUGCCGCUGCUGCUGCUGCUGCUGUGCCAUCCUGCUGGACCCUUACGCCAAGCAUGUCAAGGGGCGGGCCGUGUUUGGAAAGCGCGACGACUUCGAGCAGUUCAAGACCAGGGAGGGCAGCGUGUUCCGAGGCACCUUUGACUUUGAGGCGGAGCCGUUUGACUGGGGCGCCGCCUACAAGCGCCCCGACAUCCCGCUCAAGGACCUGGUGAUCGCUGAGUUGCCCGUGCGCCUCUUCACCGCCGCCGAGUCCAGCGGCCUGCCUGCGGGGCAGCGUGGCACGUAUGCGGGUGUGGCGGCCAAGGUGGAGCACUUCAAGGAGAUGGGCAUCAACGCAGGCAAGCAGCCCGGGCUGUGGGAGUUGCUGCUGCCUGUGUUUGAGUACGAUGAGCUGGAGUUCCAGAGGAGGUGGGGCCGCCUGCCAGCCUGCCUGCAUACCGGUGCUGUCCACCUCAACUUCUUCGCCCCCAUGAGCCGCUUCGGGUCGGACGGCGCGGGCCCGCUGGCCGCCGCCCGCGAGUUCAAGGAGAUGGUGCGCGCUCUGCACGCUGCGGGCAUCGAGGUCAUCAUCGACGUCGUGUACAACCACACGGUGGAGGGCGGCGACGAGGACUCGUACCUGCUGAGCUGGCGGGGCAUCGAUGCGGGGGCGUACUACCAGCAGGACCCCGACUCGUACGUCAAGAUGCUCAACUACAGUGGCUGCGGCAACACGGUCAACGCCAACCACCCCGCCACCGCGCAGCAGAUUGUGGACAGCCUGCGGUGGUGGGUGGAGGAGUACCACGUGGAUGGCUUCAGAUUCGACCUGGCACCCUGCCUGUGCCGCGACGCCACCGGCAAGGUGAUGAGCAACCCGCCCUUGGUGCGGGCCAUCACCAAGGACCCGGUGCUGUCCAAGGUGAAGCUGAUUGCCGAGCCCUGGGACAUUGGCGCCUACAUGGUGGGCUCCUUCCCCAACUGGGACAUCUGGGCGGAGUGGAAUGGAAAGUACCGGGACGACGUGCGCCGCUUCCUGAGGGGCGACGCUGGCCUGAAGAGCGAGUUUGCCACGCGGCUGGCGGGCAGCGCGGACCUGUACCACACCCACAACCGCAAGCCCUUCCACUCCGUCAACUUUGUCAUCGCCCACGACGGCUUCACUCUGGCGGACAUGGUGGCUUACAACGACAAGCACAACGACGCCAACGGGGAGCAGAACCGCGACGGCACCAACGACAACUUCAGCUGGAACUGCGGCGUGGAGGGGCCCACAGACAACGGCGCCGUCAAGGCGCUGCGCCAGCGCCAGAUGCGCAACUACCACCUGGCCCUCAUGCUGUCCCAGGGCACACCCAUGCUGCUCAUGGGCGACGAGUACGGGCAGAGCCGGCAGGGCAACAACAACUACUAUGGCCACGACACGCCGCUCACGCACUACCACUGGGACCAGCUGGAGCAGGCCAAGCAGAACGGCUGGUUCCGCUUCUACAGCGAGCUGAUCAAGUUCAGGCGCGACAACCCGCUGCUGGGGCGUGCCGAGUUCCUCACCACGCAGGACGUGACGUGGCACGAGGACCGCUGGGACGACCCCGAGAGCCGCUUCCUGGCCUUCACUCUGCACGACAGGGGCCAGGGCUGCGGCUCGCUGUACGCCGCCUUCAACGCCCACUCCUUUGAGGUGCGAGUCACCCUGCCCUCGCCGCCGCGCGGCAAGAAGUGGUGCCGCGUGGUGGACACAAACCUGGCGCCGCCAAAGGACUACACGCCCGGCGGCAACGCAGGGGUGGACCCGGUGUAUGGGGUCCAGGGCUACUCCCGCAUCCUGCUGAUCCCCCAGGAUGCCUGAAGAUGCAGCUGAACAGCCCGGCGAGGGAAACUUGGGAGCCCCCCCCCCGCGUGCCCAUGCCCGUCGGCGCGAUGUGAUACCCUAUUGAUGAAAACCCUUCCAUCUUGUCCCAAACACCCUGAUAUCAACACGGCCUCCCCAACGUAUUCACGCUCGGGCCUGCCCGGCUGCUGCUGGGCGCCUGAACCCCCUGCCAUUCCGAACCGCGCCUGCGCCGCAAUUCAGUACUCCCCUCUUGGCUCAUUUUCUCUGUUAGGUAUCGCACUUUGCCCUUUCGCUGCUCGCAGUGCUUGCACCAAUCUUUGCGGUGGCCUGGCGCCGUGGGUAUUUCCCUGCCAAUUUGUUUACGGUGUACUUUUUUCGAUGCAGUACCUUGAGGAUGCAGUACCCUGACGGUAUGGCUCCCAGGAUUGUAACCUAGCGAAUGG